UUUCGACUUAUUUGGAUGUGAAGUAUAUUUGUUACCCGUUCAAUAUCUCGUGGAACGUGCAUUCGACACGACCUGUCAGGUGUGUGUGUCAUAGCAUAGGAUAAAGGUCAAACAAAUAAAAUUAUAAUAGAUAUUUUCGGAGCAGACAAGUAGGCUCGCAGUGUGGUGCGCUGCUCCAAAUUACAGCAUCCCGGUUGAUAGGUUUGAAAAUGUUAUACACAUGUAGGCUAUAAUUUUUGGACAGAGAAAGUGGCAAAUGUUAUCAGAGUAGUGCGAAAUUCGUUUACUUUUCUGUGUGGCGUUUAGCUUAUCGCAGUAGUCUGCACCCCUUCUGCCCGUUAGUCCACGGAUGUGCUUGCCAUCGAUUGCGUUGCGGUAGUAAUAACUGACAUUGCCCGCAGUCCGAGUUAGCUACCAACAGCUCAGGACGCUCACCAAUGGUGUAUCCGCAUCAAAAAAAGCAGGCCGCGAUCGCGUAAUCUGUGACGUGUUCGGUUAGCUGCGAGCGCAAACAAGUUGACUGCUGAAAGUGCAAGUGCAGCUUCAGUUGGAUUGAGGUCUCACUUUGUAUUGGUAGUAGCUGUUUUACGGAUAUCAGAUGUUUGCAUGAUGCUGAAUUUGAACAACAUGAAGCGCCCAACGGCGGUACUGCCGUUACUAUUGAUGCUUGCGUUCGUUGCGGAUCAGCUACUACUUGGUACCACUGGAAGUCCAAUGCAGAUGCAGCUAGCCGCUCGACCGCGUUAUCCUAGGAAGGAUAGCUACGUGGCUUACAACAUUCACAAGAGUUUCAAACCCCGGGACGUUAACUCACUGGACGCCAAUCAAGCCCGGAAGGCAAUGCUGGAUGUUCAACAGACAAUUGCCGAAGUUGAGCGUCUGCUUGCGUUGGAUCCUACUCUACCUCGAUUAACAAAGGGUGAAAUUGAGGAACUGUUUGAGAAUGUGACGAGAGAAGAGUUGGUGAGAUCGCUUCGCGAAGGUGAUCAAAAUCGUGCCCAGCACAUGCGAGCACUGAUGCUGGUUUUACCGUACCAUACCGGUAAUACGAACCAGGACAAUUUACAGGCUAUCUAUACACUGCCACCGGUCACAAAGGUAGUUGAAGCGAGCCCAACGCAUGUCUACACAGAUGUGCUGGGUAUCACACCGGUUAGACAGAUAGCAACAACUACGGCAUCGACGACAACAACGACGCCGAGGACUACAUCGGUGACUCAAUUUCCGGUAUUCCGACAUCGAAGCACAACGGCAGCGAGUGGUAGGAAGCCCGUCUCGACCACUCAUGUUCCGAUAACGACGAUUCGUUUCAGCACUCCAAAACCAACUACGUUUCAUCCGGCAUUACCAAAUAAAAUACGCGAAGAUCCGAAGCCUGCCACCACGACUGUAGAACCGAUCAAGGCGGCUGAAAUCAAUCAGAUUCUCGCAGCGAUUGGGCUUGGCAAUGGGCCUCCUCCAACAUUCAAACCACUUCCGGUAGGAAUAACGGCCCCAGCUGAAAUGGGACGAACGACAACUCAACAAUCAAUCAAUCCCUCUAAUAGUGCUGAAUCUAGUGAGGAACUCAAAACGCUGCUCCGAUCGUUUGGGUUGCUACAUAAUGACACAGACAAGGUUGGAAUUACUCCAGUCUCACCGAUAGAGUUCCACCAAAUUCCCGAAUAUGAAUCUGAAUCCCAGCCGUCCCAUUUGAUUCACAACGAAGUACCACAGGUAGAAGAGUUAGAGCUAGAAACGUCGUCCAUGGCAAAACCUGACAUCAGACCGGAUGAUUUCGUGGCUUUCAAACCACUUCCCAACGAUACCCCCAUGUUGGACGAGGAUCUUGAUCAACUGUUGAAGUCGUUCGGAUUGCUGGGUAAUGGAGAACGUAGGAAGAAAUCAAUGAAACCGGAAACAACGGCGGCUCCGGCUGUGGUCGUUAUGACCGACGUACCGAUGAUUGAUAAAGAUCUGGUACCGCAAAUGGCGUCAGUCUUGGACACCCUGGGAAUUCACACCAUGAAGAAGGAACGAACGGGACGGAAGUAUGAAUCGAAAAAAAAUUCCAAUACAAUUGGUAUGAUGAAGUCCAAUGGGAUGGCAGUUAAGACGAAGAAAAAGGCCGACAAUGAAGACUAUCGUAAAUUAGAACAGCUGUGGGAAACGAUUCGGGAACUGGAAAAACUGAACAUCAAUCUCACGGAUGCUUCGCUGGAUACCUUGAAUCUUCGAAACUUCAACCUGAGUGAGUCCUUGUUGGCGCAAGGACCGAAUCCAUUGGAAAACUUGGAACAAACUCGAACGAAUGAUAUCAAAAAGCGACAGCAACCAAACCAGCAAAGAAAACCGGAUGAACCUGUUCGGAUCUCGUUGGAUUUGGGCGCGAGCAACUCUACCAACAUCACUUCCCGUCAAGUGGAAAUCAUUUCCACCACAACGAAUAGCACCACCAUUUUGGAUGUGGCAUCCGAUGCAGAUCCACCGACCUCCACGACGACUACAACGGAAUCUGCAAGCAGUGGCAGCAGCAGCAGCAGCAGCUCAGAAUCGGCUAAAUUAAAUACGUAUGAGGAUUCCUUUGGUGGUUACGAUGUGGAUCCGGUGGCCCAGCAACCGUUACCGCAACCCAGCAGGAAUGGGUUUUACUUUCUGGCGGAUUGGAACUCUUUCCUGGAGGUGGGAGAAGAUCCCAACAAAGUGAUCAUCAAUUUUCGACCGCGGGCCGGAGAUCCAAGCCGGUUCUUGCCGGUCAAUGUGCCGUGAGCGUGAACGGCUAGUAGCCAUCUAGCGACAGCGACGCCAUUCAGGAUUUCUGCUUUUUUGUUUUGACUGUGCCGAAACCAAGCAAAACGUAAAUCGCAAUAGGUUGGGUUCGAAGAUAAGUGGCAUUUUAUGUCCUGCAAAAUUGAGCGUACAUUUUUGGGUAACUUGUAGCCGGAGUGUUGCGAACGACGAGGGAGGCGAUUGUAUGGUCUUUAAAUGAUGGGUCUGGUAAACGUAACUAAUAGAAGUAGAUAGUUCAUUAAGCUUAGGGUUUUGCAGUCCGAUAGGUGCAAUAAGAAUUUCGGGAUACCAGAAAUGUUCGGUCGACGGUAUAAUAGAAUCUAGACAAAAUUUUAACUCAUGAAAGUGGUAGAUGCUACGAACACUGCGGAAGAUUUAGUGAAUAAUUCCGUUUCUGUAUAUAAUUAGACUGUAGAACUCGUAUUUAUUUGUACAUUUGUUAAACCAUCAGGGCAACAUAGAGAGUGACAAUACAAUAAAUAUAAAAGA